AAUGGUUUAUUGCAAAUAACAUUUGGUUCUAAUAAUGAUUACAAAUCGAUUUAGAUUUUAGUAAAAAAAUUCAAUUUGAAAAAAGUUUCACAACAAAAAAAUAAAAUUAUUAUAAAUGUAAACAUUGGUGCUUCUGAUGCUGUUUGAGUUAUAUUUAAAAUUUUAUUGAAUAAAUCGAUUUAUGUUCCUUUGUUCCAAUGGGAAUGUAAAAAACUAACAGAUAAAAACAACCGCAAAGUAUUAAUGCGUCAUUGAAAAAGUCUUUCUAAUGAAUCGAAAAUAAUUAUUAUUUUAUUUUAAUCCAGCCACAAAGAAGUGAAGCAUCAUAAUGAUAAGUGCAUUGUUUUCACGACUCAUAAUAUUAUCGUUUGGUACUCUUUAUCCAGCUUAUGCCUCAUAUAAAGCAGUCCGCACAAAGAAUGUAAAAGAAUAUGUUAAAUGGAUGAUGUAUUGGAUCGUCUAUGCAUUUUUUACAUGCACUGAAACUUUUACCGACAUCUUCCUUUCGUGGUUUCCAUUUUAUUAUGAAGUAAAAGUGAUUAUUGUGUUAUGGCUACUUUCGCCAGCUACCAAAGGUAGUUCAACACUGUAUAGAAAAUUUGUUCAUCCAAUGUUGACCCGUCGUGAACAGGAAAUUGACGAGUAUCUUAAUCAAGCCAAAGAGCGUGGAUAUUCUGCUGUAUUACAAUUAGGUUCCAAGGGUGUUAACUAUGCUACUAAUGUAAUUAUGCAGACUGCAAUAAAGGGAGGCGGCAAUUUGGUGCAAACUAUUAGACGUAGUUACAGUCUCAGUGAUCUUUCGGAGCCAGAUAUUCAUCGUACAGAAGAUGAGGUCGAUGAUGUCGUUACAAUGCGACCCCAACAGAGAAUGCUACGCCAACGUUUAAAUACUCCAGUUGGACGAUCAGCUUCAGGUACUCGCCAUUCAACUGGCAUGUACUUUACAGAAGUGGAUGUUGCUGCAAAAGGAGCAGGAGAUUUCAAUUAUAAUGUUCGCUCCUCUGACGAUAUUAGUUCAGGAUAUUCUAGCGCAGAACCCAUUUCGGGUGGCUUAAGUCGCACUUCUUCUAUGUCAAAUGCUUCAAAAUCACGAUUAAAAGCAAAACGCUCAGAGGUCGAAUUUGAGGCAUGUGAAGACAAUCCAUACAUGUUUAAGUUGUUAGAUUAUCAACUGUCCCUAAAUAAAGUCGAAUAUAAAGACAAAAUCGAUCAUGAUAAUAUAUUAUCUUCUGUGCAAAAUAUAUAUACACAAAUGGAUCUGGUGAAUGAUUAUAACUUAGAUAAUAUUGAAAACGAAGAUUUUGAACAAUCUGCAGAAGAAUUUUUUGAAACAAUGUCAAGUGCAUCAGACGACAUUUAUAUGGACCAUAAUAAUUUUACAGAUAUUAUCGAAGAUCAGAAAUCUACAUCAUCGGAUCACAAUAACGAUUCAAUAUUAGAUACAAAUAUAAACCUAAAUGAAAUGCGCACAAGUUUACAAGAAAUUGAAAAUAAUUUCCGAACAAAUAUCAAUAAGUCUUCGCCAAGUAAUAUCACUCGGGCCUAUUUUCAUAAGAAAGGAAAAGCACCACAACCUCCCUCCACACAGCUGUUGGAAAUAUCAACAAUAAAUAUUCCUAACUCACCCCAAAUAGAAAAAUGCUGUGCCAAGGAAACCGAAAUAUAAAUAAUAUGGACACGGACAAAAUAUCAGCCAGUUGUACAACAUUACCACGGAGCAAAAAAAAUGAAAAAACUAUAACAGCAACUGCAUUGGCCAAAACACGAGCUAAACAUGAAAAGUAAUUUAAAAUCUGACUAAUGUUAUAAUUAUUAGAAUAUAGUAAGAAAUCAAUAAUAAUAAAAUUUAAAUUAAUUUA